CGACGCUGUCACGUGAUAUCCGCGGCGUCGGAGGCGUGCUUUUGCUUUGAAAAGGCUGAUUCCGUGUCGAGUGCUCUCCUGCUUCGGGCGUAACGGGGGGAACAUCACCACAAGGACGGUUCGAGCUGCUCGGGACGGAACUCUUAUUGUCGCGGGUCAUAUUCUCCAGGUCCCACCAUGCGUAGUGCACGUUUCCUCUUGAUUCCCGCGCUGCUGCUCCUCCUGGCCCUUCCCGUCUCUGGUGGACGCUACAACGACGACUUUGAUGAUGGCGAGGACCUAGCAGACUUUGAUGACAAUGACUUCGCUGAGUUCGAGGACAUGAACGACGAACAGGGAGCUGAGGCAGAAACUGCGCCUCCGCCUCGCGCCUCACCGUCCUCGCAGCCUGAAGAGGAUGAAGACGAGGAUGAAGCCACUGUGGAGCUGGAGGACGGCCUGGAUGGCUUUGAGGACUCGGAGACACAGGAUCAAGACAUUUACAGUAAAUAUGACCAUGAGGAGUUUGAGGGGAUUGGAGACAUGGAGAAGCCGGGCCACUCCAUGAAGGACCCUCUCAUAAUCCACACGGUUCCUGCACAUCUGCAGAACAGCUGGGAGAGUUACUACAUGGAGAUCCUGAUGGUCACCGGCCUGCUGGCCUACAUCAUGAACUACAUCAUCGGCAAGAACAAGAACAGUCGCCUCGCUCAGUCCUGGUUCAACUCACACAGGGAGCUUCUAGAGAGCAACUUUGCACUAGUGGGUGAUGACGGCACCAGUAAAGAACCAGUGAGCACUGGGAAGCUGAAUCAGGAAAAUGAGCACAUCUACAACCUGUGGUGCUCUGGGCGUGUGUGCUGUGAAGGCAUGCUGAUCCAACUCAAGUUUCUGAAGAGGCAGGACCUGCUCAACGUUCUGGCCAGGAUGAUGAGGCCCGUCUGUGAUCAAGUGCAAAUCAAAGUGACUCUUAAUGAAGACGACAUGGACACUUUUGUGUUUGCGGUUGGCACCAAGAAGGCGAUGGCCAAGCACCAGAAGGAGAUGCAGGACUUGAGUGAGUUCUGCGGUGACAAGCCCAAGUCCGGGGCCAAGUUUGGGCUCCCGGACUCUCUGUCUAUUCUCAGUGAGAUGGGCGAGGUCACGGACGGGGUGAUGGACAACAAGAUGGUGCAUUAUAUCACCAAUCAUGCUGAAAAGAUCGAGUCCAUCCAUUUCUCGGACCAAUUUUCUGGUCCAAAAGUUAUGCAAGAGGAGGGUCAGCCCUUAAAGCUGCCUGAUACCAAGAAGACGCUGUUGUUUACAUUUAAUGUGCCUGGCAUGGGCAACACUUCUCCCAAAGACAUGGACGCUCUGCUCCCUCUCAUGAACAUGGUGAUCUACAGCAUCGACAAAGUCAAGAAACUCCGCCUCAACAGAGAGGGCAAAAUGAAAGCUGACAGAAACCGGGCCCGUGUGGAGGAGAACUUCCUGAAGCAGACUCACGCUCAGCGGCAGGAGGCCGCACAGACCCGCCGGGAGGAGAAGAAGAGAGCCGAGAAGGAGAGGAUCAUGAAUGAGGAGGAUCCGGAGAGACAACGCCGUCUGGAGGAAGCGGCCCAGCGACGUGAGCAGAAGAAGAUCGAGAAGAAGCAGAUGAAGAUGAAGCAGAUCAAAGUGAAAGCCAUGUAAAGGACGACCGCAGAUGAAACGAGCACACAUGAAGGCAGAGCUCAGCAGCUCUGACUCUGUCGCUCUAAACAGACAAACCGUGGCCUCCUGGUGUGUCCAUCUCUGCUGUCUCCGUCAACACCUGCUCCGUUUGGUGUGGCUCCACCCGAAUGACUGAGAACGAACUGUCCAUGUCAAGUGGGAGGGACUUUUUCUCGCCAUCAUAUCACCACAAUUUUUUAUUAUUUUUUCUGUCCAACCAUUGUCUCAAAAUUGAUUGGAGCUCUGUUUGAAAGCUGUGUAACUCGGAGAGCUUUUUAAACUUCAUCUGCUGGGAGAGAACACACUAUUUUAUAAAAAGGGUCGCUGUGGUUUCAUUGGAAAUUUAUUAGCAUUAAUAUAAUCUUGAAAGAUACUAUCAAGGAAAUUUUAAUUUAUAUCUGAGGUUGGUUUCUUGCAGGCUGUUUCUAACGAUUAUCUGAACAAACAUAAUAAAAUGCACUGGAGUCUGUUGGAAAACUGUCUCUGUUUCUCUC